AUUGUGUGAAUUAAUCCAAUUAUAUUUGUUUGUAAGUAGUUGUGUUAAGACUAUGGCUGGAGGGAAUCGUGGAAUGGGCCGUAGGGGUAGACCACCCCUAAGUGGACGAGUUGGGGGCAGAGUUCCAUUAGUUGCCAGGAGUGAACCGGUCAACCGAGAUGAGGUUGAGGUUGGAGUGGAUGAGUCAUUGAACUCGUCAGCAAGGAACCAUGGUCAGCAUGAUGUGAAUGUUGGCCAAACUCAACAAUUGGGGCAACAAGAUCAGCCAAGCUUUAUGGAGAUUAUGCAGACUAUGGCAAGGACCAUGGCUGAACAACAGGAGCUAAAGGGAGGCCUAGCAGAGUUUGUCAAACUAGCUAAGACUUUCUAUGGUGAUUCAAAAGAUCCAUUGGAGGCAGAAAGUUGGAUCAAAGAAAUGGAGAAGACUUUUCGAGGGCAAGGUGUCACAGAAGAGAAUAAGGUGCCUUAUGCAGCAUACUUGUUGAAAGGUGAUGCAAACAAUUGGUGGGAGGGUGACAAAACGGUGAAGGAAUAUGAAAAGGAAUUUAAUCGCCUUUUGAAGUUUGCCCCAUUAGCUACUCAGAAGGACGAGGAGUCAAGGAGGUUGAAAUUUCUUUAUGGACUUAACCCUCACAUUUUGUCUGAGGUUCAAAAAUUUGAAUUGAAGGUAGUAGCAGUGGAACUAACAAGCAGAAAUGGUCAGGCCCUCAAGGUGGGAGAAGCUUUGGAAAUCAGAGUUUUACUUCAGAUAAGAGGCAAUAUACUGGAUAUUCUGGGGUUAGAACUCAGCAGGGUCAGAACCUUAAGUGUUGGAAAUGUCAGGGACCGCAUGAGGCUAAGAAUUGUAGAUGGUUGGCAGAAGGGGCAUAAGGCUGUUGAUUGUCCACAGGCAAAGAAGAAUACACAGAUAGUGCAUGCUACUCAUCCUGCUAUUAGUGAACAUGCAUCCAAUGCAGGGCCUGCUAAAGGUGGAAAUCAGAGGCCGUUAGCUCAGGUAGAUGCUUACACCUUGUUUGAUUCUGGUGCAUCACAUUCAUUUGUUUCUUAUGAGUUUGCUCAGAGACUUAGUGUGCCUAUUGAAUUCUUAGACUGUGACUUGUCGGUGGACACUCCUAUUGGGGGUAAUUUGAUAGCUGAUCGUGUUUGUAAGUCGUGUGUGGUGCAUGUUGAUGGAAAACAACUUCUUGUAGAUUUAAUUCUCUUAGAUAUGCAUGACUUUGAUGUAAUAUUGGGCAUGGAUUGGCUAGCUAAGCAUCAUGCUCAUUUGAAUUGUCAUGAGAAAAGGAUAGAUUUUAGAAUGCCUGGUCAGCAAGAAUUUAGUUAUGUUUGUCAUCCAAGAAAGUCUUUUCCUUCAAUUAUAUCUGCUGUGCAAGCAAAUAGAAUUUUGAGGAAUGGUGGUGAAGGAUACUUGGCUGUAGUUGUUGACACCCAAUCUAGUGAGCUACAACUAGUGGAUGUCAAUGUAGUAAGGGAAUUUCCAGAUGUUUUCCCAGAUGACUUACCUAGUUUACCACCAGAUAGGGAGGUGGAAUUCUCUAUUAAUGUGUUGCCAAGAACUGCUCCUAUUUCUAAGGCUCCUUAUAGAAUGGCCCCUGUUGAGUUGAAAGAGCUGAAGGAGCAAUUGCAGGAAUUGUUAGACAAAGGUUUUAUAAGGCCAAGUGUGUCACCUUGGGGUGCUCCUGUACUGUUUGUGAAGAAGAAGGAUGGCACCAUGAGACUUUGUAUUGAUUACAGAGAAUUAAACAAGGUGACAAUACGCAAUAAAUAUCCUUUGCCUAGAAUUGAUGAUCUUUUUGAUCAAUUGAAGGGAGCUCAAGUGUUCUCCAAAAUUGACUUAAGAUCUGGAUACCACCAACUAAAGAUCAAGGAGGGUGAUAUUCCUAAAUCAGCCUUUCGGACUCGUUAUGGUCAUUAUGAAUUUCUUGUAAUGCCAUUUGGGUUGACUAAUGCCCCUGCAGCCUUUAUGGACCUAAUGAAUAGAGUAUUCAAAGCUUAUCUGGACAAAUUUGUGGUGGUGUUCAUCGAUGACAUUCUAGUGUACUCAAGAAGUAAUGCGGAGCAUGAGGAACAUUUGAGAUUGGUGCUUCAAAUUUUGAGGGAGAAGAAGCUUUAUGCAAAGCUUAAGAAAUGUGAGUUCUGGCUAGAUAGAGUAGCAUUCCUAGGACAUGUUGUGUCUAAGGAUGGAAUUUCUGUGGACCUUGAUAAAGUGAAGGCAAUAGUGGAAUGGAGCCAACCAACUAAUGUGAUUGAAGUUCAUAGUUUCUUAGGUUUGGCAGGGUACUAUAGAAGGUUUGUGGAAGGAUUUUCCCGCAUAGCUAUGCCAUUAACCAAAUUAACCCAAAAGGAAGUGAAGUUUGAAUGGAAUGAUGAAUGUGAAAGAAGCUUCCAGGAGUUGAAGAAUCGAUUAGUCUCAGCACCUAUUUUGACUAUUCCUGAUGAUAGUGGAGGUUUUACUAUUUAUAGUGAUGCCUCCAAGAAGGGAUUGGGUAGUGUUUUGAUGCAACAUGAUAAGGUGGUGGCUUAUGCUUCAAGACAGUUGAAACCAUAUGAGAAGAAUUACCCAACUCAUGAUUUAGAGCUUGCAACAGUUGUUUUUGCCCUUAAGAUCUGGAGGCAUUACUUGUAUGGUGAAAAAUGUGAGAUCUUCACUGAUCAUAAAAGUCUAAAAUAUAUUUUCACACAAAAAGAACUAAAUAUGAGGCAGAGGAGAUGGUUGGAGUUACUGAAGGAUUAUGACCUGACUAUUAGCUACCACCAAGGUAAGGCUAAUGUUGUAGCAGAUGCUUUAAGUAGGAAGGAUCAUGGUAACUUAGCCACUAUACUCACUUCUCAAAGGUGUAUUAUGGAAGAUUUGAUGAGAAUGGAUGUCAGAUUGCGAGUGUAUAGUCCAGAUACAUUCGUAGCUACUUUACAGGUCCAACCUACCUUGAUAGAGAAAAUCAAGACUACACAAUUAGAUGAUCCAUUUUUGCAAAAAAUGAGGCAUAAGGUGGAGUUAGGUGACUCAAAGUUGAAGCCAUUUAGGAUUCAUGAGGAUGGUUCCUUGUGGCAUGGAGUUCGAAUUUGUGUUCCCAAUGAUUUGGAGUUGAAAAGAGUAAUUUUGAAGGAAGCUCACAAUACUGGGUAUACUGUACAUCCGGGUAGUACUAAAAUGUAUAGAGAUCUACGGGAGACUUUUUGGUGGAACAAUAUGAAGAGAGAAGUUCCUGAUUAUGUAGCUCAAUGUUUGACAUGUCAACAAGUCAAGGCUAAGCAUCAAAGACCAGCAGGCAAGUUACAGCCACUUCCUAUUCCUAAAUGGAAAUGGGAGCAUAUCACCAUGGAUUUUGUCACUGGGUUGCCUGUAACUCAGAGUGGCAAUGAUUCUAUUUGGGUGAUUGUGGAUAGGCUAACUAAGUCUGCUCAUUUCCUUCCUUACAAAACAGGUAUGCAGUUGGAAGGAUUUGCAAAAUUAUAUUUGAAAGAGAUAGUGAGGUUGCAUGGUGUACCGGUGUCUAUAGUGUCAGAUAGAGACUCCCGGUUUGUUUCUCAUUUUUGGGGAAGUGUGCAUAGAGCUUUGGGGACCACUCUUAAUUUCAGCACUGCUUAUCACCCUCAAACAGAUGGGCAAAGUGAAAGAACCAUUCAGACAUUAGAAGAUAUGCUGAGGUCUUGUGUGAUUGAUAUGAAGGGUUCAUGGGAUCAUCAAUUGCCUCUCAUAGAAUUUGCUUACAAUAAUAGUUAUCAUGCAAGUAUUAAGAUGGCUCCAUAUGAAGCUUUGUAUGGUAGGAAGUGCAGGUCUCCAAUAUGUUGGACGGAAGUAGGAGAAAGGAAGUUGUUGGGUCCAGAGUUGAUUCAGCAGGCUACUGAAAAGGUUCAGCUUAUUCGAGAGCACAUCCAUGUAGCUCAAAGCAGGCAGAAAAGCUAUGCGGAUAACAAAAGGCGUGAGCUAGAAUUUCAAGUGGGAGAAAAAGUUUUCCUAAAAGUUUCACCUACUAGAGGAGUCAUGAGAUUUGGAAUUCGAGGGAAGCUCAGUCCUCGCUUUAUAGGCCCUUUUGAGAUUUUAGAAAGAGUGGGUGAGUAUACCCCCGACCCUAGCCAUAUAAUAGAGUUUGCUCCACUUCAGCUUAGAGAGGAUUUAACAUAUGAUGAAAGACCUGUUCGCAUUGUUGAUAGGAAGGAGCAAGUGUUGAGAAGGCGUACCAUUCCCUAUGUUAAGAUCCAGUGGAGUAACCAUACAGAACGAGAGGCAACAUGGGAGUUGGAAGAGGAAGCUAGGGAGAGAUAUCCAUACCUAUUUGAUAUUCAAGAUCUUUUCAAUUCUAACAAAGAAGAUAGUACGAAAGUUUUCAAUAAUUCAAGAGGCAGCGUCGAGUGGAAAUAUUGAUUAAUUAUUCGAGGUACAGACAAGUAAGCAUUUGGGGUUGCAUUUGGGAGUGAGAGGCACAACGAUUCUAGAGUAGUUCUUUGGUUUAGUUUAAGUUAUUCUGGAUUGUUGAAUAAUUAGAAUUGAAGAUCUAUUUGCUAUGACUUGUUGCUAUUAAAUUUUAUGUUGGAUUUUAUGAAGUGAGAAUUAAGUGUUUUGGAUGUGAAAAACUUCUCAUACAUGUUAAUAAAGAUGGAGUUUCCUA